AUGUACGGAGACACUCUACCACGUCAAGAGGAGCUUCGUUAUCGUCUUCAGCGCUCCUGCACGCAACAACCAGACAAUCCAGCUGUAUCGUUGAGCCUGCCAGUGUCUUAUAAGGGCUUUCCUACUCAGCGGCGAAUAUCAUCACCCAGAAAGACUUUUCCAGAGAGCAAGCAUGAAGAAAUUCUUUCAAACUUGAGGUACCUGAAGGAGAAGAUCAGGAGAUUGGAGCUAGAAAAAAGACAUGGUCAGUCCAUUCUGACUAAUGCGUGUGAAGCUAAAUCAAGUCCACGUCUUCAGAGUGAUGAAGUCUCACGGAGAUCCUGCACAAGUGCAGAAGCAAGCAAGACACCCGACCAGUGCAGCUGCAGCCACUUGUCCCCUAGUUCUUCGUCCACAGCGUUGAUCACAAAGCUGGAUGCUGCAGAGUCUCGCUGUGUGAAGCUGGAGCGACAAUUGGACCUGCUGAGGAGGAUGUGUCGCCCCCAAACACACCAGACCGACCCGCUGAAAGAACAGGUUCACCGCUUCAACGUGGAGCCAAGCUGCAGAAAUUCUCUGAACUCUCGGGUUUCCAUGAAGUCAGCCAGGUCAGCUGAUAUGAAGGUUGACCCGCUGGCUGAGCAAGUCCAGAUGGAGAAGCUGGAAAGGCUGCAGCAGGAUUAUGUCAGGAUCACACACAGGCAGACUGACACACAGGUGAAGAUUCGUGAGCUGGAGAUGAAAUUACAUGAGGAGGAGCACCACAGAAAGCUGAUGCAGGAUCAGAUGAACCAGUUAUGCACGGGUUUGGAGGCCAAUCGGAUCCUUCUGCAGUCCAGAUCACCGCCUUUAUCCGCGACACAACCCAAAGAAAAGAAGUCCAAUACAAUGAAAUUCGUACCUCAGCAGACAUCUGUAAAGCCACACUACCGACUGAACCGCAGAGAUGUGGAUUUCAUUAUUGGAAUGUCUGCAGGCUGCAGCCACCCAGUCACAGCCAACAUCCCAUCAGUUUUAUCUCCCCUCAAGAAAUACCACCUGCUUCUCGUCAACAAACCAGUGCAGAACACCUCUGAGAUGACUGAUCAGGGACAUGCCAAUGAAUCCUCCUCCGGAAUGGACGAGCUCUCAGAAUUACUGCAAGCCCUGCGAGAAGAACAGCAGCUCAUGAGCAGGAAGCACGACGAGUUAAUGAAGCAGCUGGAAGAGAGCAUGUCUAAGGAGGAGAGAAAAGCUCUUCACAGGGAGCAGGAAAGGCUGCUUCUGGAAAUGGAGAAGAAAGGAGAGCAGAUCGGUAAAAUCUACCGACAUCAAAGACAGACAAAACUAGUCCAUAAAGAAGCCAAGAGUGACAGAAGGGCUACGACAGCGGCCCCUAGAGGUCACCCUGCUGCACAGCUCAAACCCAGACCAGGAGAACUCAGCAGGAGGAAUUUGGAGCUGUUAAGAGACUUCAAGGCAGUGCAGGCUUCACUAAAGACCUGA